CAUAAAAGAAAAGGAGAGGAAAAGGAACGAGACCCUUCCUCUUCUACCAUGUCCAAACACAUUAUAUUUUUCCUCUCUGAGCCAUGAUUAUAACACAAAAUUAUUAGAUAAGACUAGACACAUGCAUGUAUAAAAAGGAUCAAGAAAAGGAUGGGCGUGGAUUACUACAAGAUAUUACAGGUUGAUAAAAAUGCAACCGAAGAAGAUUUGAAGAAAUCUUAUAGAAAACUUGCUAUGAAAUGGCACCCUGACAAGAACCGUAACAAACAAAAUGAUGCUGAAUCCAAAUUUAAACAAAUCACCGAAGCCUAUGAGGUUCUGAGUGAUCCUCAAAAGAGAGCGGUGUAUGAUCAAUAUGGUGAAGAAGGGCUAAAAGGACAAGUGCCGCAAUCAGGUAGCGGAGGAGGGCCUGGUGGAGCAGCGUUUUAUCAAUCAGGGGACGGGCCAAAUGUGUUUAGAUUCAAUCCUAGAAAUGCUAAUGACAUAUUUGCCGAGUUUUUUGGUAACUCGAAUCCAUUUGGAAGUAUGGGAGGCAUGGGAGGUAUGGGAGGAGGGGGUAUGGGGGGGAUGGGUGGUAUGGGAGGUAUGGGGGGUCCUGCCUCUAUGAGGAGCGGAAGUUCAAGAUUUUCGGGUGGAAUGUUUGGCGAUGAUAUGUUUAAUUCAUUUGGAGGUAGUAGACCAAUGAGUUCAGGCCCUCGGAAGGCUCCUCCAGUUGAGAAUAGGUUGCCUUGUAGCCUAGAAGAACUUUUCAAGGGAACAACCAAAAAGAUGAAGAUCUCAAGGGAAAUAGCUGAUGCUAGCGGAAAGACCUUGCCGGUAGAAGAGAUUCUGACAUUAGACAUAAAACCUGGUUGGAAACGUGGGACAAAAAUCACUUUCCCGGAGAAGGGUAAUGAGCUGCCAAAUGUUGUCCCCGCGGAUGUCAUAUUUGUAGUCGACGAGAAACCACACAGUGUGUUUACAAGAGAAGGUAACGAUCUGGUAUGCACACACAAAAUAUCGCUUGCAGAAUCAUUAACUGGCUACACGGUCCAUGUCAACACAUUGGAUGGGAGAAAACUGACAAUCCCUGUCAACAAUGUGAUUCAUCCAUCUUAUGAAGAGGUGGUUCCGAAUGAAGGAAUGCCUAUACCUAAAAAUCCUUCAAGAAGGGGAAAUUUGCGGAUAAAGUUUAACAUUAAAUUCCCGGCAAAGUUAACAGCUGAACAGAAGUCUGGAAUCAAGAGACUGCUUAAUUAGUGAGUUGGAUGUUUCAUGGAAUGAUACACCAGACCGCUUGUGAAUUUUUAGUUUGAUAACAGGUAGGAAAUCAUCUUCAUCAAUGGAAAAUUUGACGAUGAAGCAACGUAGCUUAGCAUUGGCUUAGAAUCAUGUACACAUUCAAGAAUAUUAUUGACAGAACUGAUGGACCAUUGGUCGUGUUGAUUUUAUUCAAGAAUCAUAAUCCCGCAUUUUGAUUUUUGGAAAAAAAUCCUAGACCGUGUUGUAUUUAUGUGUGAAAAUCACUAUAAAACGUAUAAAACGUAACAUGAUAUGACGUUUUAAGAGUAAAACGCUCUCAAAACACUAGAUCGUGUAUUUAGCAUUUU